UUACGGCGACAGCUGCGCGCGCUUUCUGGCCAAGCUGGGGAUGGCGGAGGGAGGCGGCGUGCUGUGGGCGAGCGCAGAGGUAAACCAAGAGUUCAUUUUCAAGAUGGAAAGUCCAUCAGAUUCAGCUGUGAUUUUACCUAGGACUCCAGAGCCCUGUGCGAAUCCACCAUCUCUUCAUGCAAAUAGUUCACGAAAACAACCCAUGAGUGCAACACUUAGAGAAAGAUUAAGGAAAACACGAUCUUCAUUUAAUUCCUGUUACAAUGUGGUAAAACGUCUUAAAGUAGAGGAUGAAGAAAAUGACCAGACCUGUUCAGAGAAACCAGCAUCUUCCAUAGAAGAAAACUGUUUGGAAUUUCAAGAAAGUUUUAAACACAUAGACAGUGAAUUUGAAGAAAGUACAUGUUUGAAAAAUACCUUCAAGAAUGUCAAUGUAUGUGAAUCUAAAUCACUUGAUAGCAGGUCCUGCAGUGCUCUCCAAAAUGAGUUUGUGAGUGAGAAUCUUCCUAAACAAGGAUUAAAUGAAGUAAAAGCAAAAUUGGUUAAGCAGGUUCAGGAGAAAGAAGACUUCCUUCGGAGGCUAAAACUAGUCAAAAUGUAUAGAUCGAAGAAUGACCUGUCUCAGUUGCAGCUGUUAAUAAAGAAGUGGAGAAACUGUAGCCAGCUAUUGCUUCAUGAGUUGCAAUCAGCUAUGUCUGAAGAGAACGAGAAACUAAGCCUUACUCAACUGAUAGACCACUAUGGGUUAGAUGAUAAAUUGCUACACUAUAACAGAAGUGAAGAAGAAUUUAUAGGUGUUUAAUAAUUUUUUUUCUCUAAAAUAUCUUUGAGAAUGACAAUUAAAAGACACAUGUUUUAAAGAGAAGGCAUAAACCAUUAUAGCUUAGUCGGACGUGGUGGCAUGCACCAUAGUCCUAGCUACUCAGGAGGCUGAGGUAGGAGGAAUUUGAGGUUACAUUGAGUUA